UCGAUCCCCCGCAUCUCCAUUUAUUUUUAUUUUUAUCCGUCUCUCUCCUCCCCGGUGGCCGCCCCCACCGUUCAUCCACAGGUGAAUGCCACCCACCCCGCCAUUACCAGCAGCUUCCCGCCGCUCCACUCCAUCCUGCGUUUCCCAACACCCUCGCCGUUUCGUUUCCUCCGCCCGUCGCACCAAUCCAGUCAACCACCGUACCCGAUGGCGUCGUCGGCGUUCAAGUCCACCACGCGCCGCGACCUCCACGCCUCCUCCUCCUCCACCUCCCGCUCCGACCCGCCCCCGUGCCCACGCCGCUCCCGCUCCCGCAGCGUCAGCGCCGCGCCCCGCGCCCGCGGCCACGAAAGCCUCCAGCUCCAGGAGGACUACGCCAACACCCGCACCAACCCGCUCUUCGACUCCGCGGCCUCUCCCUCCGCCUCCCCAUCUCCGCCGCCGGGGACUACUACUAGCGCCGGCGGCGGGGAUGUGCCCAGGCGGGGCAGAGGGCGUGAGCCGCUCAAGGGUGGGGGACGCGGCGGCGGUGGGAGAGCGCGGUCUGUGUCCGUCACACCGCAGCGGCGGCACGCUGUCUCUGUGCCGUCGGCGGACGCUGCUGGUGCUGUCGGUGCGAGGAGGGCUUCGCGGCCGCGGUCAGUGGCCGACGACGCACGCCCGUACAGGGGCUCUGAGACCGAUGCUGAAACCAUGGACGUGGCAAUGAAAUUGCAGUCAUGGAGGAGCCGGCAUUCGAAUUCAGAGGGCAAGAAUAGGGGAAUUGAUGCAAGCUGUUCAUCUCAGGGGUCAACAAACGGAGUGGGUUCUCAACAAAUGGAUGAAACUGCUCAUUCAGAAGCUAGUACUGCUGCUUCCUCAACAGGUCAACAUCUUGAGCAUGCCAUUUGGCAGCAGAACAAUUCAAACGUCCCAGUGGAUCCAGUUCUGGAAAUUCCUCCCGAGUUCGAUCCAGAUUCUGCUGAGUUUAUCUUUGACAUAAGUGAUUAUGCAACAGAAUACCGAAAGAAAGAUGUUGUAGAAAUCCCUCUUGAAUUUGAUACAGAUGCCGCUGAGCUGGUUUCUGAUACGAGGAACAGUGCAGAAAAACAGCACUGGGAGCAAACGGAAAUUCCUCUUGAGUUUGAUACAGAUGCUUCAGAGCUGGUUUCAGACAUAUGGCACCAUGAAUCAAACCAGCAACUGGGUCAAUUGGAAGCUUCUCUUGAGUUUGAUCCGGACACCUAUGAGCUGACUCCUGACAUUACAGAAUAUACAAUAAAACUCAAAGAGUCACAUGAACGCGCUCGGAAGCUUCGGGCAGAUUUGGCAGUUGAAGAGCAGCGGGAACAAGAACUCAGUAGAAUGCUGAAGGACAUAGUAACAACUCCACAAUUUACUGAGACACAUAAAAAGCGGCCAAGAAGAAAGAGUAGCAUAGAAAGGCUGAAAGUUUCGAGGCAUUUAGCUGAAGAGGCAAUGAAUUAUUUCGAGGAAUGUGUUUCAAUUUCAACAAUGGAUAGCACUGAUUUCUCAUCACCUGAGGACCCUCAACCAAAUUCAAUUAUGAAUGCCCAACCAAAGAGCAAUAGUAGAUUUUUCCACAAAGGGAGAUCAAGCUUUCAAGAACCCCACACUCUAGCUGAUCAACAUAGCCAUCAUGAGGAUUUGGACAAGCAAACUCAGUGCUCAAUUAGCAUAACUGGAUCUGAUGUCUCUGACAAUGCUAUAUUUGUCCACACAAACACCCAUGGUUUGAAAGUUAGAAGCAACUCAAAUGAUGAUCUCGAUGGCUUCGACACUCCACGGAGCAGAAGUUCCUGUUUUUCUUUCACCCAUGAGCCAGUUAAAAAUGUGGAAAACUGUAAUGUUCAGCAAUACCUUGGGAAUUUUGGAAGGGGAAACAAUAAAGAGUUAAGAGAGACGAGGCCUAGUUAUUUUGCUGAUGACUAUGUCUCUCAGAGAGUUAAUCUGGAGUUACUUAAGGAUAUGUCGACCUUUCAGAAUCGAAUGGAUUAUGGAGGGCUUCUUAUAUGUAACAUUAGAACAUUCUGACAGUGAACAGAGUAAAUAGUGCCCACCGGCUAAAUAAGUAAAGUAAAUUAUCAUGAUGCAACUGUAAAGAGAUUAGUAUUGUUCAAGCAUUCGCAUUGUGAGUGUAACUGUUUCUUUUCUCUUUGGCAUAUGUGAACGUUUGGCGGUUCUGUAAUAAUCAUACAUCCGCUUUUUUUUUUGUUUA